AUGCAAGUUAUUUCUACCAUGGGAAGACAUAAAGAAUGGCGAAAGGUAGCAAAAAAAGAACGCAGGAGAAGAAUACGCACGGAAAAUGCCAAAAACCUAGAUCUUGUUACAAAUUUGACAGCAGAAGAAUAUAAUAAUUGGCUUAUAAGUGAAAAAGCAAUGGAAACAAUCGAAAUGGAGCAAAUUGAAAUUACAAAUAAGGAAGAGAAUGAUAAAUGGAUUAAGGCCGAAAUAAUGUUCAUGGAGAAGUUAAAACGACUUGAGGUUACUAACACAAUUUUAAAAAUAAAAAAGCAGCAGGAGGAAGCUAAACGUAAAUUAGAAUGGGAGUUAGAACAGAAAAAAAGACAAGAAGAAGCACAGAGGUUAAAGGAAAUUGAAGAGGAGAAUAUUAGAAGACAAAAAAUAUUUAUGGAAAAUUUAGAAAAUUUUUUAAAUGGUGAUUCUGAAAAUCCUCCACCUGAAUUGCUUGUAGUCAGAGAAACAAAGCCAAAAAUGGAGCUAUGUCCGUUUUUUGCAAAAACUGCAUGCUGUCGUUUUGGAGACCAGUGUUCAAGAAACCAUAGAUAUCCUGCUAUAAGUAAAGUACUAUUAGCCACAAAUUUUUAUUUACAUUUUGGACUAGACAAUUCUGAUGUUACUGAAUAUGACACUGAUAUUAUGUUGGAAUAUGAUGAAAAUGACACAUACAAAGACUUUAAGGAUUUCUUUUUUGAUGUUCUUCCAGAGUUUGAAAAAUUUGGUAAAGUUGUGCAAUUCAAGGUGUGUUACAACUUCGAGAAACAUCUACGAGGAAAUACAUAUGUAGAAUAUUCCGAUUUGCGAAGCGCUGUUACAGCAUAUAGGGCAUUACACUCACGAUGGUAUGGUGGAAGACAAUUAUCAUUGCAAUUCUGUGAAAUAAAUUUGUGGAGGAGGGCUAUAUGUGGUUUACACCCUCAGAGACGAUGUCCGAAAGGUCGAUCCUGCAACUUCUUGCAUGCUUUUAAGAAUCCAAAUGAUUUAUUCUCCGACUACAAUGAAUAUGGUGAUAGACAAAAAAGAACAUCGCCUCGUUCUUGGCGAUGGUCAGCAUCACCAGAAAGAGAAUGCUCGCCGAGAAGAAAACGCUCGAGUUCAAGACAUAAAAAAGAAUCUACCAAACGUCGAAGUUCUUCAAAAGACGCAAGAGAUAAAGACAAAAAGACCUCGCGCAGAAAGAAAAAA